AUGGAUUCUCCAGGACCACAACAUCGUUACGACCCACGCCUGGGCGACGAGGAGAAGACAGAAAACCAUGACCAGGAAGUUCCCAACCACCGCGUCCCGAAGCAUGUGCGCUUGUCCGAGCAGAUUCCUCGCUCUGCAAGCCCCAAUGACAAGGAGGGCAAGGGCUCGUCGUCGGGCGGUCAACCCGAACCUGCGAGAUUACGGGUCGUGCUCGGAAAAGUGGCGGCGUACAGCCCGUUCGACUUUAAGUGGAUACCGAAUAACUUUACGUGGUCGAAACUCAAAAUCGUGAUUCGCUGCGCCAUCAUGGCUUGGGUAUCGUUGAUGUUCAUGAUUAUUCCACGGCUGGCAAAACUGUUGGGACAGGCGAGCUUCUUGAUUAUGAUAGCUGCGUUUCUCAAUCCUCCUAGACAACCAUUCAUUGCAGUAUUGGAACAAGAGCUGAUCUUCCUAGGCCUUAUUACUACUGCUUGGGCAUGGAGCUGUUUGGGCAUAUUUCUUGCAAAUCUAGCCCGCACGCAUACCGAUCACAAUGCCAGUCCGGCAACUAUCAUUACGGGACGAUAUAUCGAAGCUGGGCCGACAGUUAUCAUGGCAGUAUUCAUCUUCAUUGGCGUCGCGGUGAUGUUAUUUAUCAGGAGCAAGAAGGGCCCAGGUCCCUUCCUCUUAGCCUCUAUAUUCAGCUGUAUCUGUAUCGAUUUGACACUCACCACAGCCGUCCUAUAUCCAUACCCAUUCUACCUUAUCGGCUCAGCCAUCCUACUGCCGCUGUCUUUCCAUGCCGCACUGUCGAUAUUGUCCGCAGCGAUAAUAUUCCCCUCCACAAUCACAGCGCAAUACACGAACGCAUUGGCGGGCGCUAUGGACCCGCUCAACCACGCCCUAACCGAGCACCGGACGAUCUUGAAGACGCUCGCAAACGCUCCUUCGUUUCCUAUUGCCGUCAAACGCAUUUCAGGGCUCGUGUCUAAGGCCGAGGGCGGCCUCGCUCCCGCCUCUGCAUCUUUACGCCUGAUGAAGCGCGACAUUGUCUGGGGUCGUUUUCCACCGUCCGAGGUCGGUGGGCUGCAGUGGUGGGUGCGACGCCUCGUCAUGCGCGCCAACGGCAUGGGCAUAUUCUUCACGCUUAUUGGGCCAACUCGAGAGCGUUUCCCUGUCACGCCCCUCCCCUCGCACCCCAGCACCCCGGUGAUGGGCAAUACACCAAUUCCUUCGCGCCCCAUGACCCCAUCUCCUCUCAGCCCCGCAGCGUCGCGCCCGUCAUCCCCGCCUCCAUUCAGCCCUCCCGGAACGCCGCGGAACAGCCGCCCCCUACAGUUGUCGAACCAAUCCGCCCGGCGGCGCCGACCGAACUCGUCGCAGGACCGCCUGCACACGUCCUUCCGCCAGACACUAUCGCGCCAGCUCCACAUCAAGCUUGGCAAGCACGCGGAGGACACGCAUGAUCGUCAUCUCCAUUUCUCCCUUCUCACUCUUGCGCAUUCCCUCGCGCCGACGCACGUCAGUACUGCGUCGUCCCUCGAAGCCUCCGUCGGUGUUUUUGAGUCCCAGCGCUACCUUACGCUAGAGGCGACGCGCUUGUCGCAUCACGACUCGCCUGAGGCAACGAACCAGUUUAUGUCCCUUCUCGGAGAGAGCUGUGAUGAUUUGUUGGGAGCCUGCUCGGAUUCGCUGAAGGGUGCGCAGGGGUGGAUUCGGGAGGUGCGCAGAGGCAACUUUGGAUCGCGCGAGAGGAUUGAGAAGGCGCGCGGUGAGCGGUUAAAGCACUUAAUGGCGCUGAAGGAGCAACUCGGCCAAGAGCUGGAGUGUUUCAGGAAGCAGUCCAGACAUCGAGUACUGGAUCCUUAUCGUUCAGCCUUCGAUCCGAGACGCGUGGGUUCGCCAGAGGGCGCUAUUGAACCGCCGCCGCACAGAUACCUAUUCCAUUGUUACGUUUAUCAGUUCCACUUGACGCAGUUCGGGCUGGUGCUCACUGACCUGCUUGAUGAGAUUAUUCGCAUGGAGCAAGAGUAUAAGCGAGCUCGUCUUUGGACCCCGUCAUUACCUAUCCGCAAGUGGCUUCAAUGGGGUCCCUGGGACCUACAGUCAGAUAUAGACCGUAGCGACGAUGAAGAUCCAGAUGUCAUCCCUGGCAUUCCACCGGAAUGGCUCACCGACUUAGGAAUGGCUUCUCGACGAGAUCCUGAUGCACUCCCUCCAUCAAAUAUAUUCGAAGAGGUAAUGCAUUGGAUACAUGAGAUCAUUACAGGUCUGGGCGGUGGCAAUUCUCUGUAUGCGCUCAAGGCAGCGUUGUUGACAAUCAUAUUGUGCAUUCCUAGUUUCCUGAAGAGCACCGCUUCGUUCGCCUAUGCACAAAGAUUUGUUUGGGGAAUCUUCAUGGGCCAAUUAUCCCUCGCGCGUUUCCGCGGCGACACGACAUUUGGACUUGUCGCACGGGUGAUGGCUACAUUCCUGGGUGGUAUUUGCGGAAUGGUCAUGUGGUAUAUUUCUACUGGUAAUGGCAGAGGCAGCUACUACGGUCUCGCAGCAGUCUGUGCAGUCUGUUUCCCACUCUUCUAUUAUGGUCGUCUGUAUUGGCCGGGUCCGCCUAUGACAAAUACUAUCUUCUUCGUCACCACAGCACUGGUGUUCGGAUACUCGUGGCAAGAUACGCACUCUACUGUGGCGUUCCAUUAUUACGGGUGGGGCCUUGCCUGGCGCAGAUUUGUACUGGUGACUGCAGGAGUUACUGCGGCGUUUAUAUUUUCCUUCCUCCCGCCUUCUACGACGCUUCGCCGAUACCAGCGCACUAUGUUGUCAACAACGGUCGCGGAACUCGGGAGCGUAUACUGCUCAAUUGUAUCAUUCGCGAAUACGCAUGGCCGUCACAGCGUUGACAAAGGAGAAAUCAAUCAAAGUCUCAUGGCUACCCGAAUCAAACUGAAGCGAUCUCUAGUGCUGAAAGCGAACAUUAUCUAUGAGUUCUCCUUGCGAGGAAAAUGGCCUUCGAAGCGCUACCAGAAGAUCCUAGAGCUGCAAUUACAAAUAGCGUAUCUGCUGUCACAUCUGAUGUCCGUUGUGGAGCAUUUGGAACCGGCUUGGUCUCGCGCAUUCUUACGCAGAACGCGCUUCCUAGACUCCGACUUCCAAGGCGAUGUCCUCGCUGUUAUCAGCAUGAUUUCCACAUCGCUCCGAACAGGAAACCCCUUGCCCCAGAUUUCGCCAUGUCCACUGCUGGAUCGCUUCAUGAUAUACACUCACGGUCUGAAUGUUAUCAGACAGGAGGCUGAUGACGACUAUGGAUUGCCACGCACGAUGACGAUCGACACCUUAGAGAACGAACAAUAUCUGUGUUUCUCGGUGGGAGUGACGACUGCGUUUGGUAUUGUCAUGCGGUUGGACAAACUCAUGCUUGCCACCAAGGAGUUGGUAGGGGAGCAAUACCAUAUUCAUGGUAUUGGCUUGUCGGGACCACGGGAUUUUUUGGAGUCGGCUUCUAUUAGGCCGUCGAAGGACGCUUGA